AGUGGCUCAUUUUCACUUCCGUUGCGAAGAUGAGGGCCUCAUUCUGAGAAGCGCAGUGUCCAGUAGGUGAAGCGUGAAUUCCCCCAACUAGUCAGGCGUGAAGGUGCUCUCAUCACUGCUGUCCUGCCUAUACUUGUGUCUGUUGUUUCUACAUGGUGUUAUCAUGCCUCGAAGUCAGAAGAGUAAGCGCUGUACUCGGGAGGAACACCACCAGGUCCAAGGUGAGAUCCAGGAUCUCCGGAUGAAUGCUCAGGCCAGUGAAAACCAGGAGAAAAUAGCUCCUCCUUCGUCUUCUCAUUUAGGAGUUAUCACCCGCAAAAGUUCUGCUUCUAGGUCACAAAGUGCUCCCAAGGUGCCUGAGGAACCCUCUUCCAGCACUAUACCUGUAAGCAUUUAUCCCUCAAGAUCACCUGAAGGAGCCAACUGCAAAAUUAAGAAAAAGCAACAGUCUUCCCAGUCCCCACCUUCUAGCAUGCAGCCUCACAAAGACUCUCUAACCAAAACAACCAGCAUUUUGGUGCAGUUCAUGAUGCACAUGUACAAAAUGAAAAGGCCCAUUUUGAAAGUGGAUAUGCUGAAGAUUAUUAAUAAAAAGCAUAAGAAUCGCUUCCUUGAGAUCCUCAGAAGAGCUUCUUUCAGCAUAGAGGUGGUAUUUGGUGUUGACUUAAAGGAAGUUGAUUCUACGAAGAAUGCCUAUGUUCUUGUCAGCAAAAUGAAUCUCCCCAACAAUGGGAUAGUGAGCCGUGGAAGGGGAUUUCCCAAGACUGGUCUUCUAAUGAAUCUCCUGGGUGUGAUCUUCAUGAAGGGAAAUUGUGCCACUGAGGAGAAUAUCUGGGAAUUCCUGAAUAAGAUGAGAUUAUAUGCUGGGAAGAGACACUUCAUUUUUGGGGAGCCCAGGAAACUCAUCACCCAAGAUUUAGUGAAGCUUCAAUACCUGGAGUACCGGCAGGUACCUGAUAGUGAUCCUGCUCGCUAUGAAUUUCUAUGGGGCCCAAGAGCUCAUGCUGAAACAAGUAAAAUGAAAGUCCUGGAGUUUUGGGCCAAGAUCAAUCAUACAGAGCCCAGUGCCUUCCAGUCCUGGUAUGAUGAAGCUUUGAGAGAUGAGGAAGAGAGAGCUCAAGCCAUACUUACACUCAGUGAAAGCACCACCACAGCCAGUGAUUGUUCCAGGGCCAUGUCCCACAAUUCCUCCCACACCUGUAAAGUUGAGACAUAUUCUUCAGUAACUAAAGAAGGAAAUCAUUGUCUCAAGUAGUAGAGGGCUAGAUAUGACUGGAGGGAACACAGGGUAUAAUAUCUUAGUGUUCCUAAGAUUUUACUUGUAUUAUUGUUUUCAAAUGUUCUUUUUAUUUAAUGUUAUAAUCUAAAUUUAUGAAUGAUAUUGAUCACACUUUUUAUCAGUCUUAAGAGUAAGAGUUUCAUUACUUUGUAAAACAAACUAGUGAUCUUAUUUAGUGAUCUGGUUCAAGAAAAUAUGGAAUUGUAAUAAACAUUUCUUUUACAAUGUGAAGAAAUUCAGCAGUAAAAUAUAUGGAAUGGGGAAAUAAAGAGUUAAAUGGUUAAUAUUUGGUUUUCUGAACAUCUGUAUUUUAUAAAGUUAAAAGACAAAUAACUGUGUACACCUGAUUUAUCUAAGAAUAUUGACUUAAAU